UAGCAUCAUGUCGAAAAGAGGUCGUGGCGGUGCCGCCGGUAACAAGUUGAAGAUGACUCUCGGUCUGCCAGUCGGCGCCGUGAUGAACUGCUGCGAUAACUCUGGUGCGCGAAACAUCUACAUCAUUUCCGUCAAGGGCAUCGGAGCCCGUCUCAACCGUCUCCCAGCUGCAGGUGUUGGCGAUAUGGUCAUGGCUACGGUCAAGAAGGGUAAACCCGAGCUGAGGAAGAAAGUCAUGCCUGCUGUUGUUGUCAGACAGAGCAAGCCAUGGCGACGGGCGGAUGGCAUUUAUCUAUACUUUGAGGAUAAUGCUGGUGUGAUCGUCAACGCAAAGGGUGAAAUGAAGGGCUCAGCCAUCACUGGUCCUAUUGGAAAGGAAGCUACGGACCUCUGGCCGCGUAUCGCAGCCAACUCUGGAGUCGUCGUGUAAAAUGGUGAGGGGUGUUGUUGAUAUAGAAAAUGAAAGCAAAUCAUUCUUCUACAAGGCGUUGUUCUUUUUUAUGCGAUACGCAAAAUUUGUUUAACCAAAUAUAUCUAUUUU